AUGGGGAAAAGGGCUCCAGAGGUGAAGUCGGGCUUCAAGGACCUCAAGGGCCUCAAGGCGUUGGAGUACCAGGCCCCCCGGGGAGAGAUGCAUUUCCCGGGCUUCAAGGAGCUGACGGCAAACCUCACCAGUGCUCCUCUGAUUCUGACGACUUUUGCCUUCCAGGGAGCUCCAGGAACUGCAAUAAACGCAUGGCAGGCCGGGCCCCAGGGCCCAGCAGGACCUCCCGGCCCCCCUGGCCCCCCUGGGCUUGAGGGUGUUCAUGGAAUGAAAGGAAUACAGGGUAACCCUGGAAACGACGGGAUACAGGGGAUACCUGGAAUAAGCUCAGGAUAUAUUGGGUCGCAACGGCUGCCUCAAGACAGUGGAGAUACUGGUGAUGAGGGCUGCGGAGGGAACUGUUCCCAAGGAUCUCCUGGAGUGCCAGGCCCAAACGGUGUCAAGGAAGAUUCGACAGACCAGGGUAAGCCUGGUGUAACCCCAUUGGACAGCUGUGACAAGUGUUUGCAGAGACUGCAAAGAGACCAGGGAACACAACCAUCGUACGACAGAUCAGGAUCACCCGGAAUUCCAGGAUCGGCCGGAGCAGAAGGAAUGAGAGGACAGCCAGGUAUACCAGGAGAGCGAGGCUCAGCUGGAGCACCAGGACUCAUGGGACCUGUUGGUUUCCAAGGUCCCCAGGGCCCACCUGGUACACCUGGACAGUCGGGUGAGUCAGGGUCAUCAGGCCUGCCAGGGAUUAAGGGCGAACAGGGCACUCCUGGGACAUCUGGCUAUCCAGGAAGCAUGGGACCGCCUGGACUUCCUGGAAUGAAGGCCGUACGUGGGAGCCCCGGAAGCUCUGGUCAGAAAGGAGAAUCAGGCCCUCCUGGUGUACCCGGGAACCAAGGACAAGCUGGCCCAACGGGAAUUAAAGGAGACACCGGACCAGCAGGGCCUUUCGGUCCCAAAGCAGAUGCGGGUUUCCCAGGACCACCAGGUUUCCCAGGACCACCAGGUGGACCAGGUCCUGCCGGCAAAAGUGGAAGGGAAGGGCUCUCAGGCCUCAAAGGUGAAAAAGGAAAUGAUGGCGCUCACGGCUCUCAGGGGUCAAGUGGACCUCCAGGCUCUUCAGGCUCCCCCGGGCUCAUGGGCCCCCCUGGCAUUGAGGGGUUGGAUGGAAAGGAUGGGAAACCAGGACUGCGGGGAGAGGCAGGCCCCGCAGGCCCAGCAGGACCGAGAGCAAUCCCAGGAUUCAAAGGGAAAACCGGCCAUACUGGCUUCCCUGGACAGAAGGGUGAAUCUGGACCUUCAGGCCCCUCUGGACCACCAGGCAGGACAGGACAUGAUGGUGACACCGGGACCCCAGGACCUCCGGGUCGACCUGGACCUUCCGGCCACGUUGGCUCAUCAGGUGCAGCUGGACCACCAGGAUCACCUGGUCCAUCAGGACUGGGUAUAAAUGGAGACAAGGGCCAAGCUGGGGAGAGGGGUCUUCCAGGGAUGGGAGGAGCCCCCGGACCACCUGGGCACCCAGGGCUUUUGGGAGAGCCAGGCAGCGAUGGUGCAGCUGGUAAAGAUGGAUCUGGAGGCCUACCAGGAGAUAAUGGGCAGCCAGGUCAAAAGGGUGAAGCUGGGGCUGCAGGCCAGAGGGGUCAAGCAGGGGAGAGAGGGAGACCCGGACUUCCCGGCGGGGGAGAGUACCACACCAAGAAUGCUCAGCCCAUGAUGGGCCCCGCUGGACCCAGAGGGGAGAGGGGGAGCUCCGGCUCAGACGGCUCCCCUGGGAACCCUGGAUCUCAAGGGUCACCAGGAAACGAUGCUGUAGUCAAUUAUGAUGAAGUCAAGAACUUCAUCCGCCAGCAGGUCAUCAAGAUCUUCGAUGAGAGAAUGGCCUACUACCUGUCUCGCAUGCAGAUGCCAGAGUCGGUGGCCUCCCCAGGCCGGCCCGGGUCCCCAGGGAAAGACGGUACUCCAGGUGUUUCUGGGAGCCAGGGGGCACCUGGAUCCCCGGGUCAGAUUGGAAGACAAGGACGAUCAGGAGGACAAGGACUCCCCGGAUCACGAGGGCCAGAGGGAGUAAAAGGAGAUAAGGGUGUAGGAGAGAUGGGAGACAUAGGACCUCCAGGAGCACCAGGUGUCCCCGGGCCCCAAGGCUACGGUAAGACGGGCCCCACAGGUCCUGUGGGCCAGCAGGGUGUUCCUGGGGUCUCGGGCUCCCCUGGGCAGACGGGGAAAAGGGGAAGCGACGGCCGGUGUAAUCCAGGGGACUGUAUGAGCCAUCAAGUGGAGUACAGUCCCAAGGGCCCAGUCAAGGGCCCCUGGUAAAUGGCUGGAAGUGGAGUAGACAGGAAGCCAAAGACUUUGAUCCAAAGUUUUUAAAUCUGACCACAAGGAGCUCCUUUGUUGUUGAAUGGUACAAAAAUCCACAAUGUCUUUCUGAGGGCCCCGCUGGAAUGAGGCCUGCAAAGACACACCAACAUCAUUCUUUCUUUUCAUUACAUCAUUCUUUCUUUUCAUCGCCUCUUUAUUCUCGCUGUGUUUCCCUCCUUUUGUACAAUUUCAAACAAUCCAGGGGAGGUGACAGGAAUCACAAUUUCUAUUUUUCUUCUCCUUGAUUAAUUCUGGCCUCUUGUGUUGUUUCUAUUCUCUUUGCCUAAAUGUGCAGCAG